UUUAUAUGCCAAUAAUUUUGUGUAUUAUUUCUCCUCCGGGCUUGAGUCAAUUAAGUGAACAGUGAUCGUAUAUGGCAGCUGGGUGGCGGUGGUUGGCGGUGGUGAUGUUGGUGGUAUCAUCAAUAUCAGAACCUGCGUUUUCCAACCCACAAACCAACCUACUGAACAAGGGUUGCGGCCAAAGCAACGUUACCGAUACACCAACUAAUUAUGCGAAGCAACUCAACGCUAGCUUUUCUGAUCUCAGAAGCCAGUUAUCCAGAAACAACAAAACCUUUGCCACCACUGCCCAUCCUAUCUACGCCACUGCCCAUCCUAUCUACGCAUUGGCACAGUGUAGAAACUACCUCUCCAAGCCUGACUGUGUGGCCUGUUUCGAUGCCGCCGUGUUAGUAGCCCGAAACUGUUACCUCGCCACCGGUGGUCGUGUCAUAUUUGACGGUUGCUUCCUCAGGUACGAGUCUACUCUCUUCUACACUGAGGAUACAGAUGCAGGGAGCCAUCCCGUUUGUGGAGCACGAACUGUCCCCAAACAAGAUGUUUUCAAUUCGACAGCGAAAGAACUACUGAAUGAUCUCAUAUUCGCAACGCCCAGAAUCAAUGGCUUUUUCGUUGCAGCAAAGCGGGUCUCUGCUGCUGGUGGUGCUACCGUCUAUGCAGUGGCGCAAUGUAUUGAAACACUCACCGAAAGCAGCUGUCAGGCAUGUUUGGUAAUAGCUAACAGUAACAUGGUGCGCAAUUGUUUGCCAGUUUCUGCAGAUGGAAGAGCUGCUGAAGUAGGUUGCUUCUUAAGAUACUCAGACACACAAUUUUUUGCUGAUAAUCAGACAACUAACUUAACACCCUUUCUUCAACAAGAUUCUGUAACAGCUUCUCCAGGGAGUUCAGGAAAGAAGAAAGCUAUUGGGGGUGUAGUGGGAGGUGUAGGAAUCAUUUUGGUAUUAGCAGCCAUUUUCCUUUGGUAUAGACAAUCAAAAAACCCAAAGGUUUCGAGAAGAGGCAAUAUUUUGGGGGCAACUCAGUUCAGAGGUUCAGAGAACUACAGAUAUAAAGAUUUGAAAGCUGCAACAAAGGAUUUUAGCGAAGAAAAUAAAUUGGGGGAAGGAGGUUUUGGUGAUGUAUACAAGGGCACGCUACAGAAUGGGAAUGUAGUCGCAGUAAAGAAACUAACAAUGAUUUCCGGUAGAGCAAUGGCAGACUUCGAGACAGAAGUUAAGCUUAUUACAAAUAUUCAUCAUCCCAAUCUCAUUCGUCUAUUGGGAUAUUCUGGAAACCAAGAAGAGCUGCUACUGGUUUAUGAAUACAUGGCAAAUGCCAGCCUUGACAGAUACAUAUAUGGAGAGAAUAGGGGGAAGCUGAAUUGGAUGCAACGGGUUGAUAUAAUAUUCGGUACAGCUAGGGGUCUUUCCUAUCUGCAUGAAGUGUGCAUUAUACACAGAGACAUAAAAUCCAGCAAUAUACUACUAGAUGAUGAAUUCCAGCCAAAAAUAGCUGAUUUUGGUUUGGCAAGGCUUUCACCUAAAAACAAGAGUCAUCGUACCACUAAAUUUGCAGGGACUUUGGGAUAUACAGCGCCCGAGUAUGCAAUUCAUGGUCAUUUAUCAGAGAAAGUUGACAUCUACAGCUUUGGCAUUGUCAUUCUCGAGAUCAUUAGUGGGCGAAGGAGCAGCGACAUACGAGUUGAGCCUGUAACUGAGUAUCUCCUUGAACUGGCAUGGAAUCUGUACGAAAAUGAGGAACAUCUCGAACUAGUGGAUAAGAGUUUAGACCCAAAUGAGUAUAAAGUUGAUGAAGUGAAGAGAAUGUUGGAGAUUGCAUUGGUGUGCACACAAUCGCCUUCGAAUCUAAGACCGAGCAUGUCAGAAGUGAUGGGCAUGCUUUCAAGUAUUGAUGGCUCAAUCAUUCAAAGACCCCAAAACAGGCCUACUAUUAUUACUAAUUUCGAUAAGAGGGUACCUGCAGUCACUGCAACACCUACUAAUGCCACCAUUUCACUUUCUGAAUUCUCAGGCCGCUAGGCUUUUAGAAACGAAACGAAAA